AUGAACUCGCAAGAUGACCAGAGUGAAGAGCUCUUUAUGCCAGAGGCGGAGUUCUCUGAUGUUCAGCUUAACCUAGAGUUCGCUGACUCGUCAGAAGACUUUAAACCGGAGAUUGAGACGCUAGCUGGUGCAUUUUGGGCACAGACGCCACACAGUGAGCUUGCCUUUGAAUUGGCCAAAAUAGUUUCAGCCCAGCCUGAAAUUGGUACAGUUGCUUGUGGCGACGACUCGGCUGUCCUAGGAUACCAUAGUAUAAUUAACUUAGGACAGCACAUGCAUAUCUCAGCCAUAGAGGCCCUCUUUGACUUGCUAUUAAAUGCCUUAGAAGAAUACAAAGACACGUUGCCGCCUGCUAAGCUUUUCUGGCAACGCCUUAAGGCUGGGACUGUUUGCCUAGGGUUUCUGACUACAGGCCGCUACACAAAUUUGCCUAUGAGUGCAAUUGCAGCCUUCUAUCAGGUUGUCAAGGACGACAUAGAGUGGGCCUCUAGUGCAAAAUACAAUAGCAGCACUCCGUCACAUCUCUUUAAGUUCACUCACAUCCUUUACAUCACCAAGGCCGUGCUGAAGGAUACUGAGCCUUCCAUGAACCAAACAACUGGGUGCACAACUAAUCCAUUAAACCGCCUCAAGAAACGAAGCCUGGCUCGGCCAGAGGACACAACCAUUAUUGAAUGUUCUCUAUUUACUCUUCUUGUACCAGCUUCCUUGGGCUCAUUUACCUGCUGGGUGAUCUCUGUUCUAGAUUUGGCCGGGUACCUUCGUGUCUCGAAAGCAUUAGCUGAUGAGGACUUCGAUUGA